AUGACCUGUUCACUACGUUCUGGCAUUGAAAGAACUUUAAUUUACCCUUCAACAAAUGAAAAUCUUCCCGACGAACGUAUCACUUGUGACUUUCUCAUUAAAUUUCAUGCAGCUUAUGAUUUACCAAAAAUGGAUAUUGUUGGGCGUGCUGAUCCUUAUUUUCGUGCCAAAAUUGAUGAUGGACGAAUUAAAUAUGUCUCAGCUUGUGUUGUUGAUACAUCAAAUCCAGUUUGGAACGAAGAAUGGAUAGUAAGAAAAGUUCCUUCAAAUGGAAAACUUUCUGUUGAAGUUUGUGACAAAGAUGAUACGAGCACUUAUGAUGAUUAUAUUGGAAAAUUUCAAGUCGAUCUUAAGACUGUAGAAAACAAGGAGAUACCAAUUCUAGGACCUCUAAAUACAAUUCAAGGAAGGUUUAAAUUAAGUAUAAUAUUACUUGAAAAUUCACCAGAUACUGUAAAUCUUCGUCCUUAUACAUUCGAUGGACCAGUUCGUUAUGCUCGUCAUCAUUCAUUAUCUGUAGGUCAUUUAACAAAAAUUAAUGAUGAAAGACUUUACUUUACAUGGGAAAUUUAUUUAAAACGUAUUGAUACUUAUUUUGAUAAAAAUAAUAAACAAAAAUGGAAUUCAUCAUAUCAAGCAGCUAAAUCAAUAUUUGAAGGUCCUAUGUCACAAGUCAUGCAAUCAAUGAUUAAAAAAGCUCAUAGAGUUUUAUAUGCUAAAACUACAACGAAUGAAUUUGGUUUAUUAAAUUCUCAUGAAGAUUUUUGGAACUUAUUAAUUAAUAGAAAUACAAAUAAAAUAAAACCAUGCGUUUAUACAUAUAUUAUUGAAGAUCAUACAUGGCGUUUUAGUGAAACAGGUGCUUCUUUUUUUGUUGAUUUUGUAUCUAAACAUGCUUUACAUGCAAAUUGUGAACAAACGGUUGUCUAUGCUGGAGAAUUUCAUCCAAGACCAAUUGGUGGUUGGAAUCAAUAUAAUCCUAAUGAAAUACUUUCAUGGAAUCAAUGGGAAUUAGUUAUUGAUAAUGGUUCAGGUACAUAUGCACCUGAUUUAAGACUUUUAAAUGAAUUAAAAGAUUUAUUAGUUUUUAAUUUUCCAAAUUUAAAUGUUAUUACAUAUGAUUUCAAUGAUCCACAAUUAAAAUCAAGUAUUAAAGCAUGCCGAGAUUUUGCUAAAAGUCCAAAAGCACAAUCAAUCGAAACAAUUAAGCUUUUGCUACCAUCACCAUUACUUCAUUAG